GUGAUAACCAAUAACCAUGAGUGACGUUGACGCUGAUGAGGCGCGCAAAAUGGCGGAGCGCGAGCGCAAGAAGGAAGAGGUGCGUAAGCGUCUCGAGGAGGCCUCAAGAAUGAAGAAAGCCAAGAAAGGAUUCUUGACACCUGAGAGAAAGAAGAAGCUUCGUAAGCUUUUGAUGAUGAAGGCCGCCGAAGAUUUGAAGCAACAACAAAUGUUGAAAGAGCAAGAGAGACAACGUAUUCUUCAAGAAAGAAUCAUUCCACUUCCAGAUUUGGAUAACGAAGAUGACCUCGAGGCAGUCUACGAUGAAAUCCGCGAGAGACUCAUCGAUCUUGAGUCUGAAAACUAUGACGUCAGCUACAUCGUUCGUCAAAAGGAUUUCGAGAUCAACGAGUUGACCAUUGCUGUCAACGAUCUUCGCGGAAAAUUCGUGAAGCCAACCCUGAAGAAGGUGUCCAAGACCGAGGGAAAAUUCGACAAGCUUAAGAAGAAGGAAGCCACCAAAGUCGAUUUCCGUGCUCAACUCAAGGUUGUCGACAAGAACGAAUUCGCACUCGAUGAGGAAGACACUGAGAAGAAGGAGAAAGCCGCGUGGGCUAAGUAAUUUCCAAUAAAAUCAUUGAAAAUUUCGGAUAACUGGCACCCCCUGGAAACGUCUCGUCAAAUUCAACUCGAUCAAUCCCUUCCCAUCCUAAAAAAUUCUCCUUCUUUAUAAAAAUUUCACCUUCGCAUAUCCAUCGCCCUAUCCAUUUGCUUUCUUGUUCCUGUAUUUUUUGUCUAAAAAUUGUGCUCUGAAACAACAAGAAUAAAUCAAAAAACAAUAU